AACACCCAUCCAAAACGUGUUUCCCCUUUCUCUAUUUAAAUAUCAUCCACCAUCCUUCCCUUCAUUUCACCCAUACCCUCGAAUCAAUCUGUUUAUCCCUUUUCAAAGUCAAAUCCUUUUCUCAGAUUUCUUUCAAAUUCAUCCAACCAUGUCUCAGACUGUUGUUCUUAAGGUUGGCAUGUCAUGUGGUGGCUGUGUUGGGGCUGUGAAGAGGGUUCUUGGCAAAAUGGAAGGGGUGGAAACUUUUGACAUUGAUCUUGAGCAACAAAAGGUGACAGUGAAGGGUAAUGUGCAGCCAGAUGCAGUUCUACAGACUGUUUCAAAGACAGGGAAGAAAACCGAGUUCUGGCCAGUUGAAGCAGCAUCUGCUGUUGCUUAAUCUACAAGUAGUAUUGGAUUCUGGAACUUGAUAUUACAUUCUGUAGUUUGUUUUUAUUUGUGUUUGUUCUAAUUAAUGUAAAGCUAAAACUAUUAUGUCACUAUAACAUUUGGUAUUUUGAACUUGAGAAUAAAUGCACAGCAUAAUUCUUGUGUUGUGAUAUCUCAGAUAAAAAGCUUGGUUUCAUCUUUA